AUGAGUCAGAAUCCUGAAAAUACUUCAGAUUGUAAUCCUAAUCAAGUUUCUGAAGAUGCUAAUUCUUACAGAGACAACCAACCUAGCCUUCCUCACACUGACUCUCAAAUAUCCCAAGCAUCGACCAUUACUGGUAUGGCUAACUACUUAGAGACUGAGACUGAGGACAAUGAAGACGAUGAGAUUCUCAAGAACAAUAGCACUGAUAUUGAGGACUUAAAGGACUUAAAGGACCUUUUUUCUGGAUCCUCGCACCGCCAUCACGAAACGUCUGAUAACGAGGAAAAUCACGAAGAGGACGAUAGCAGGAGAAGACGCGAUGAAGAAGAGGAGGAGGAUAGCGACGAAAAUAAUAGAAAGCAUAAUAAAAGAGAGAGUAUCAAUAGAGGGUAUCAUAACGAUGAAAAUCAUUAUGAUAAUCAUAUCGAAAAUCAGAAGUUAUUAUUAAAUGGAGAAAGACAAAUGUUUGAUUAUACUAAUAAUAAUGGAAUGUUUAAUCACGAUAACCAUGAAUCUGUGGAGGAUGUUGAUAUGAUAAACAGUGGGUCAUUACGAUAUGAAUCAGAUAGUGAAAGUGGUCGAAUUAAAAGGAAAAAACUGGAUGAAAUCUUAGGGCGUGAAGACGGUGAGACCUACAUGGACGAUGAAGCAAUGACUGAUAAUGAUCAAGAAUUAGAACAAGAGAAUGCUUUCGCUCCGAUACCGGAGGAUUUUUGUGAAGUAUGUUUUGCUAUGAUUCAUCGCACAGGAACUCGGCAGAAGCAUACAAAAAAAAAUUUAAAAAAUGAACAAAGCAGCAACGAUGCACUAGAAAAUGGCACCCAGGGUGUUGAAUCCGUUUCGCAGAAAACUUCAAACGAUGGUAUUGAGUUGCUUUAUGAUGAAAAAGUUGCUAUUGCUACCAGGGAAAUUAAACCGGAGGGAAAAACGAGAUACCAAAUAAAUAGUGAGAUCAGACAAAAAGAAAGGGCUGUUGAAAGAUUAAGUCAUCAAUAUUCUAGUCAUAAGCUACCAUCCGACGACAUAAAAACGUGUUUAUAUAGCAUUGGUGAUAACAACUCUUAUUUAAGGGCAAAUCGGUAA